GGAAACGGAAGCUAGCUAUAACGUCCCGCGUUUGUGAAUGCGGCGAGGUUUCUUUUUCUAAUAAACAAUUACUUAGUCAGAAGACUUCUGUGACAGGAAAAUAUUUAAUUUAUCCAUUUCGAAAAAGCUCAAAUGAAAAAAGUAGCAGAGAAUCAACGAAAGAGGUCUUCAUCUGGACCCUUCAAAAUUGAUCGUCAAGGCAAACGAGAAAAGUACGGAUCGUCGUCCCUUGCAAAACACCUGCAUCAGGAAGUUAAAUCGUCAUCUGGUUCAUGGAUUGUAAGCUCAACAGAUAGCUUUCAAUCACAAGGUCUGACUGAUACUGAUAAUAGACAAGAGGAUAUCAGGGAAGUUUCCUUUGCCUCAGAAGUAUUUUUUCCAGAAGCCGAAUCAGACACUGAGCCUGUACCAGAAAAGAAAGAAAAAAUUCAACCAAUUUUUAGAGGAAGAGAUUUCUCAUUAUAUCAGCAUCAUGGGAAAAAACUUAUUGUUUUAAAGAGAAAAGCCGAUAUAGCCGUUAGAGGCGUUUUUAACAUACAUGUCGUUCACGGACAAAUAACAAUCUACGGAUAUUCGUUGAGCCCUGAAAAUGGUUCUGUAUCAAUUUAUUCACCAAAUCGAAUGACAGCAAUUUCUUUGUCAUAUACUUAUGCCCGUAGUCUUACUUAUAAGACUUAUUCAUUUGUUGAGGAAUUCGAAGAUGCUGUAUGCGUGGCUAUUUUAACACCCUUCGAAGAUGAAAGUCUUAGGGUCAUCAAAUCAUGUCAGUCAUUUCGACGUUUAUUUAAUUUCGGAAACCUAUCAGAUUUUGACUAUUUUGACGAGGAUUUGAAAGUUGGAUUUAAUGAAACAUGCGAGAAUAUCCUGAAGUUUGAUGACGAUCAUAUUGAUAUCAUUCGAGAGAUAGAUGAAGCCAAUAUGAAUGGCGAUGCUCCUUGCGUGGCUGUAUGCGGAGGUAGAGAUACCGGAAAAUCAACGCUUUGUAGAUAUUUAAUAAAUAAGUGCUUAAGCAGUACGGAUCAAGUAAUCUAUGUUGAAACGGAUAUUGGUCAAACAGAAACUACCGGUCCAACUUGUGCUUCUAUCUCUGUGAUAACCUCUCCGCUGUUAGGUCCUCCAUUCACUCACACGAAUGUACCGAAAUUAGAAACUGUAUUUCUUGGUCAUACAACGCCGGCUGAUGAUCCUAUAAGUUAUUUAAAUGCUCUAAAUCAUUUAUAUCUACGACUGCAAAAAUUACCUCAAAAAGUAACUACUAUUAUAAAUACUAUAGGAUGGGUAAAUGGACUUGGUGAACUGUUAAUAGUUGACACUUUGAAAAUAUUUAAACCUUCUGUUAUAAUUCAAAUAUCUUCGUCGAAGCCAUAUCUGAAUUUACCAGCGUUGACAUCAGAAAAGUUAAAUGGUAUUGCAUCGAAUUUUAAAACUUCAGUUGGUAAUUUGGAUCAUGAAUUAAUUCAAAUAAAAUCACCGACUGAAAAUAUUCGUAUUGAUCAUUCACUUCUUAACAAAGAAUUAAGAGAUUUGGCUUUAAUAUCGUCGAUUUUUACCAACAAACGUAAUAUUUAUAAAGCAAAUUUUAAAGACAUUGCCGUUAAAGGUGUCGGUUGUAAAGUACGAGAUGGUUCACUUUUACCUUUACUAUUGAACGCUCAAGUUAUUGGAUUAUGCUCUAAACCGCAGGAUGUGGAGGUUAUUCAGGGUGUCUAUGAUUUAUGUUCAAUUGAAGAGGAUAUUAUCUGCUCUUGCUACGGAUUAGGAAUAGUAAAAAGUGUUGAUAUUGAAGAUAGAAUCUUCUACGUGGAGACUUCAAUUGAUCCUGAAGAUAUGAUAAAUGUUGACCUAUUUAUGGUUGGAGAUACCUCAAUACCCGUUGAUAUAUUGCAAAAUCAGAGAUCAACGUAUUCGAAAUCCUUCUAUCUUCACAAUUUUAAUCCAGCUAUUGGUUUAGGUUCAGUUAAAGAGAGUCGAAAAGUAUUUCAAUCAAGAAAUACACCAAAUCGCGACGUGCAAGCAGUCGAUAACUAA